AUGCAUUCACCAACACAAGAAAACCAAACCGCUACACAAACCGUCAUGAGUGCCGUCGCCGACCCCAAUGUGUGGGGCCAUGCCUUUUAUGGCGAGGCAAUGGCGUGCGCAGCUUCGGCGGCGGCAUGUACCGGCCAUAAACAACCGCUGGUUCGGGGAAUACCAGAUCAAGUUUGUUCCUGGCCCGUACCAGCUGUAAUGGCCGGUACCAACACUCGGCAUGUUGGUCGGCAUGCUAACCAACCAACAUGCCAUGUAAAUAAGCAAGUGUAA